AUGUCGGAACACGGUGAACAAGUUGAGCAAGUUGACGUUGUUGAGCAAGUCGAAGAACAACCUACCGCUCCUGAAGUCUCUGUUGAAGAUGCUUUGAAGGAAGUUUUGAAGCGUUCCCUUGUUCACGACGGUCUUGCCCGUGGUAUCCGUGAGGCCUCAAAGGCUCUUGACCGUCGUCAAGCUCACCUUUGCGUUCUUUGCGAGUCUUGCGACCAAGAGGCUUACGUCAAGCUCGUUGAGGCCCUUUGUGCUGAAUCUGAGACUCCCUUAAUUAAGGUCGCUGACCCCAAGGUUUUGGGUGAAUGGGCUGGUCUCUGUGUCCUUGACCGUGAUGGCAACGCCCGUAAGGUCGUCGGCUGCUCUUGCAUUGCCGUUACUGAUUAUGGUGAGGACUCCGCUGCUCUUCAAAAGCUUUUGGGUAGCUUCUCUGCUUAA